CUCUCCUUGCCCCAUGUUUUUGUGUGCACGGAGGCCAGGGAGGGAGGCUGUUAUCAGACCUGGGUGGGAGCAGGGCAGGGCUGGACGCUCUCUGAACAGGGAGCACGGCAGGCUGGUUUCUCCCAGGGAGAUAACUUUGUUCUGGGCCAGAAGAGAUGACAUCAUGACGGAUGGCAAUGAAGAUGUGGGCGCGAGGGGCAGGAAACCUUAUCUCCCAUGAUGGCACCAAGGGGACAAAGACACACACAUUUACACUUAAGGAUCACACUACUGCUCACUGAUACUCCACUAGACUUGAACUGUAGACACUCCUCGUUGAAUGCACAUACACACACACGCACACACAAGUGGCGAGUCUACCCUUCCCCUGUGUCUAGGAGGUGGCUGCCAUUUAAAAGGCAUAAGCAGACAGGCAGAGGGCAGGUCACUGUGUGUGCCUGCUGAGGUUUUGUGGUUCUCUCCACGGCCGGAUCUGAGAACUUUUUGGGAAAUACACCGAAGAGACUGAUCUCAAGGAGGAGUACUUUAGGUUUUCUGCGGUGUAUGAUGUGUCGUCUCCUGAACGUCUUGCUGGCCUUGCUGAGUCGCUUCCUGUUUGCGGUCCAUGGAGUGGUGACUGUGUGGCAGGUGGUGGCUUUUAAAGGGGAGCCGCUCUACUGGCUGCUGCUGACAGGUGUGGCUCUGCUGGGUGUGGAAAUGGCCGUCACUCUGAAAUGUACCCGCAACGCAGAGUGGAAAUGGUUCUCCCCCAUGGUUUUCCUCUACCUCAGUACUGUCAUUCCGUCCAUUUGGUUUCUGGAGCUGAGCCUGCUACAGUCCAAGCUGCCCGUCAACAGUUCCUCGGGCCAUGAGCUACAUUUGCUGGCUCAUAUCCCCAUAGCAGCGGGAAUUGCGGAGGUGGAUCCAGAGGACUGGGUGGCUGGCCUGGAGCAGACCAUGCUCAUAGUGUUGGUCCUGGGUCGCUGGCUGAUGCCCAAGGGGGACAUGUCACGUGACCAGCUCUCACAGCUCCUCAUGGUGUAUGUGGGAUUGGGUGCUGACAUCUUGGACAUCUUCGAUACGUUCAAAGAACCAGAGGUCAAAACCAACAAGGUGGUUGUCAUCAUCGGCCUGGCCCUCUUCUCCUGGGCGCUCAUGCAGUUUCCCCUGGUUCUCACCCAGACACGACCCCCAAAGGGUGAAGCCCAGCAAAGGGGCAUAGCUGGUGUCUUCCACUGUGCUGGAGCUCCACCCUCAUUCACCUCCUGCUGCUCCAGUGAAGUGUGGAGCUUGCUGCUCACCGUGGGACUCCAGGACGGUCCGUUCCUGCUUUACCGGAUCUACCUCAUGGUGCAAGAAGAGGUACUUAACCAGCUCAUGAUUUUCUUCACCUGUAAAAAUAUCCUCAUAGUCCUUUUGGAGCUUUACAGGAUCUUUGUGGUGCAGUGUGAGCAACAGGAAGAGGAAACAGGGCUGGGAAGGUGUGCUGCUCUGAUGCUUCAGUGUCAGUCCGAGGAGAACAAUGAGGUGGAAGAGGUAAAAGAGGACAUGGGUAAAGAGGAGUUCUGUGAAGAGCAGAGCUGUCAUAUAGACAAAGAAAGGGGAACCAAGAGGGAGGAAGAUCAGAGUGGAGUCCAGGUAAAGGAAAGGCUCAAAAUGCCGUGAGGCAUGACUUUGGCCCUCAAGGGGAGGGAAUGGCUUUCACGCACCACACAAAAAUUUGAACCCAGCUGCCAUCCCUUGUACCUCCGCCUGGUUCAGAGACAGUCUCAGCUCUCUGGAGGUUCAGCAACUAGAAAUAGACAAGUCUCCACUGAAAAGAUCUGAGAUGAAUUAAUGCCUCUCCGGAAAAAACAAAAGGAAAAAAAAAAAACAUUUUCUGCCUGAGAAAAUCAAUUCAACAAUUUUAACAUGAGCUGUUAAUUCCUUUAAUAUUACAGAGGAAUGACGGGGCAUCUGAAAGUGCGUUCCAGUUCAGCAUCUUUUUUUAAUUGGCAUGGUAUUUCAUUAUGCUGUGUAUGCAUGUUGAGCAGAAUGGAGGUGUUGAUGAGGGUUAC